CCGGUUCAAACGCGGCCAGGCGGGCUCUGAGCGCGGGCCUGGUGGGCGAGUCUGUUUCUUCCCCCAGAGUUCCUACCACGUGCUUACUUUAUGUGAUUAGAAGUCCAAAGGUUGAGUGAUAGUCAGCACUGCUGGGCAAAAUGUCUUUACUGAGUACUGGACAAAUGAAGAGAAAAUGGGAAGAAAGAUUGAAGAAUGUUGAUGAACUAGCGUCUCGAUAUAAAAGAAAGCCACUUUGCCCUGUUUACAGGCCACAGCUGUCCAAACCAUGGCAACCAUGCUCUGUUUGGAAUCUGUUUCGUCGACAAGCUCAAGCUUUUAACUAUGCAAAAACCUGUAAGGAGGAUGUUCAUGUAUUUGCUUUGGAAAUGAAAACAGAAGAUGGACAAAGGUAUUAUCUUGUGACAACAUAUACAGAGUUUUGGUUUUAUUACAACAAAGAACAUAAAACAAGUCUUAUGCAUUGCUAUGAAGUUAUUCCUGAAAAAGCUGUUUGCAAACUGUAUUUUGAUUUGGAGUUCUAUAAACCAGUGAAUCCUGAAGCUGAUGGCAAGAAGAUGAUUGCAAAGUUAAUUGAGCUUGUUAGUAAAAAGCUGGAAGAACUUUAUGGAGUUAAAUGUUCAGUUGAAGAUGUCUUGAACUUAGAUUCCAGCACUGAUGAAAAAUUUAGCCAUCACUUAAUAUUUCUGCUUUACAAGACAGCAUUUAAGGAUAAUAUUCAUGUUGGUAAUUUUGUGAAAACAGUUUUGCAACCUGCUUUUGUUUUAACUGAAAAUAAAGCUGAUGCUCUGAUUCUAGAAGACGGGGCGGACAGUGUUGCUUCCCAGUCUUCCAAAGCAACAGUUGAAAUAGAUGGUACUGUUGUAAGCCUUGGUGCAGCGAAGGAGGCUUCUGGGAAAUGGCAAUCUAAUAUGCACAAAACGCUGGAAAAUGGAAAACUGCAACAGAAAGAUAAUCCCAAUCUUUCCUUUCUAGUUGUGAAUGAUAAGGAGGGAGGCAAGCAACUUGUCGUCGAUCUGGGAGUUUAUACAAAGAAUAGAAAUUUCCGGCUGUAUAAGUCAUCAAAAGCAGGAAAGCAUGCGACUUUGAAAAUAGCUGAAGAUAACAAGUUUGUUCCUAAACCCAAAAAGAAUAUUUCUGUUGAGGAGCAAUAUUUCCUUUCCUCUUUGGUCUGUAAUGUUAGGUUCUCAGAAAUUGAAAGAGCCCUAACUUGUGACAACCCAGAAGGGAAGGAAAAAAUGCCUAAACAAACAGACGGGAGAGUUGCCAGUAGCACUUCAGAUCCCAUAGAAGGAUAUCAAUAUUCACCCUAUCCAGAAAUUGAUUGUUUUGUCCUUUCUUUAGUUAAUAAAGAAGAUAAUCAUGGAGGGAUACGACGAUGGAAUUAUUUUUCCUUGGAAGAACUCCUUGUUUAUGACAUAUCCAGAUAUCGCUGGUGUAAAAAUAUUGGAAGAGCCCACAAAAGUAACAAUAUAAUGAUUCUGGUAGAUCUAAAAAAAGAAGUUUACUAUCAAAAAUGUUAUGACCCUGUCUGCAGAGCUAAAAACUUCAAAUCAGAAAGUAUUCCAUUACCCCCUGAGAUAUGUCUCCCUUUUCUUUUCAAAGAGGAAGAAUAUGUACUUUUUAUGGAUGAGUGUGGGAACAUAGAAGAAAAAGCAAAAUCACCUAACCUUACAGACUUCUCAGAAAGCACAUCAUUAAGGAUACGUCAAGAAAAUAAGGAGUCUCCUGACAAGCUCUGUUCAAAUACAGAAUGGGACAAUGUGACUGAUGAGGCCUAUUUUCUGGAAGCUAUUGAGGAUGCUGAACUUGUAGAAGCUGCAGACAAAAGUCUGACCAAGCAGAACUGUGACCUGGAAGAAAUACCCGAUGAGCUGCUCAGAGGUUUUAAGAAGUUUGUGGUAACAAAGUAUACAACUAGCUAUCAGCUAAGGUCAGCUGUUUAGAUUCAUUAAGAUAUAGUUGAGUUAGCACAUUAUAUAAAGCCAAAGUUUGUCAGAAGUCCUGUUUACACUGCCAAAAGCAACUGAUAGAACUAUGCCAGCAUCCUCUCUUUAUAUGAAAGUGCAUAGUAAACUUGCCAUUAGCUGUGUUUUUGUACAUUCGGUUUAUAUGUUAAUGCUAUCCUAUUAAACCAUGUAAAUCUCACCUUUAAUUUUUGCUUUAAAAUUCUAGCUUAGUCAAUGGUGGUUUUGCCACCUGCAGCCUGGAGUGGUGCAUAUGGCACAAAAGCCACCCUCUCUCUUUGCAGAGGCCAAGGACUGAAUAGCUACAGAAACUGAACUAUCCUCUCACCCCUAGAAGUAGCUGCUCCUGGACAGGAAAGAAGCGCCAUGGAAGACCCAGGUAGAUCAGUUUACCCUCGUGGUACCGGUGUUGUGCAGUGUUCUAAAGCUAGACACAGGCUAUCAAGCUGGUACUUCUCAGGAGCACUAAAUUCAAAAAGAUGCUAAGUGGACAGUGUCAACACUCAAAAAACUUCAUGGACAAUGAUUCAGAUAAAAUUCACUUACUGAGGUGAGGGAUGAAGUGUGGUUAAAACAUGUUUCUUCCCAUAUAUGUCCAAAUGUUUAGGAUUUUGCCUACAGUCUGUACUGUACUUUGUUACUUUACAAAGGGCAGGUAGGAUCUCUUACCUAUAAGUGGGCCUUUUUAUCUAAAGUGUGCAUUUACCUUUUGAGAAUUUCAUUAUGCUCACCACCUUCUGUAUGACUUGUUACAACUAAGUUGUUUUUAAAAAUCUACAUACUAGUUUUAGAAAUAUUGUAUUCAUUACUCAUAGAAUGAUGCAAUAAUUUAUGGAAGCCACUGCUAAGAAUUUAGACAUGUCUAUUUGUAAGUUGCCUGUUACAAGCCUAUCUUUAUGCUACUUUAGUUGGAAUUACAACUGAUAUUUAGUGAAAAACCCGUUAUUGCUCAUUCUAAAGAAAAUGUCUACUCUUGUCACUUUGGUAUUUCCAAAUGAUUACUCUGGCAAUCCAAUAAUAAAAUCCUAUUACUUUUAAAGCGCUAGAUUUAUCACUGAUUCAUUGAGAUCAUUAAUGAUUUGUCAUACUCUCUACUCCAGGCUGCCACGCACGCUAUGUAUGAGGUAGCACACUGAUGUAUAGUAAGUUUGAGUUGAACAUUUAAGUGAAAAACCACACGUUCCCUUCACAAUUGUUAGUAAAUCUUUAGAA